CCUGCGGGAAUGUAUCCGUACCACUACCCGGCAUCACCCAGCGUCCACGACAAGAUGGAUGAACUUUUAGACCUUCAGUUGCAAAGAAACCUAGAGUAUUUGGACCAGCAGAUGAGCGAGAGCGAAACCCUGAUCAGUAUGGUGAACAGGAUGGUGGAGACCUCCCCCCCUAGGGCUCAGCUCUACAUGCAAGUGACCCCGUUCCCAGAGGCGUUCCGGGAGCCGCUGCACGCCUACAAGAUAAGCGAGCAAGACACUGAUAAGCUGCUGGGGAAGCUCUGUGAGCAGAACAAGGUGCUGCGGGAGCAGGAGAGGCUGGUGCAGCAGCUCCGAGCAGAGAAGGAGAGCCUGGAGAGUGCCCUGAUGGGGACACACCAGGAGCUGGAGAUGUUUGGGAGCCAGCCUGCCUACCCGGAGAAGCUGCUGCACAAGAAGGAAUCGCUGCAGAACCAGCUCAUCAACAUCCGUGUGGAGCUGUCCCAGGCCAGCACGGCCCUGGCGAACAGCACCGCUGAGUACGAGAGCCUGGAGAGCGAGGUGUCCACCCUGCACGACGACCUCUGGGAGCAGCUGAACCUGGACAUCCAGAACGAAAUGCUCAACAGGCAGAUCCAGAAGGAGAUCUGGAGGAUCCAGGACGUCAUGGAGGGACUGAGGAAGAACAACCCAUCCCGUGGCACGGACACUGCCAAGCACAGAGUGGCCGUUGGCCCCUCGGGGACGUACAGCUCCAACAGCCCCGCCAGCCCCCUGAGCUCAGCCAGCCUCACCAGCCCCCUCAGCCCCUUCUCCCUGGUCUCAGGCUCCCAGGGCUCGCCCACCAAGCCAGGACCCGGCGAGGUGAGUGAGCUGGGGGUCCCUAGGGAGCCCUUUGCCAUCGCUCUCCCCAAGUCCUACGUGCCCCUGGAGUCUCCUCCGACCGUCCCUCCGCUGCCCGGCGAGAGCCGGCUCUGGCCGUGCCCCACGUCCCCCUCCUGGCAGCGUGGCAGCGAGGCGAAGAGGGGACAGCCCAAGCCAAGCUUCGAGCAGAGCAAGAAGGAGGUGCAGCGAGCAGCCCCCCCCGCCGAGGGGGUCCCACAGAGUCGGCAGGAGCAGGAGGCAGAAGGGGCUGGUGUUUUUGUUUGCUCCGCAGUGGGCAUCGUGCCCCCCAGGACCAAGUCUCCAGCAGAGGAGGACAUGGUGCCCACGGCUGGCGUGCCAAGGAGGAGCACUGGUGGCAUGGCCAACGGGCUCAGCUCUCGG